UGUAUCCAUCCUCUCUCUCCAUCCUCCUCAUCCUCCAUGCUGUGUUUGGUGACAGGAUUUCAGCGCAGACCUGCAGUGUGUCUCUGAGGCUGAAUGGAGGUCUUCAUCCAGCUCCUGCAGACAUUUUCCCCUCAAACAUCCCCACUAUAGAGACGGACAGACCGCCUGCCACUGGCUGUCCUUCCUUCCAGCGAGAACCGGUGUUUGUUUCCGCCUGCGCGCUUUUCUGAACCUGCGGCUGGAGGAGAGAAAAGGCGCAUCUUUUUCCCCCCACUGCGUGGACACGCAUCCAGAGUGGAGGUGAUCGGGGACUACCUGUUUGCUUCCACGCGGCUGACGCAAGCUCAUCCAUACCUACUGACCUACUUUGUGGUUAGUUGGGAGCCGGAGCGUUGGAGCGGUUGCGUUUUUUGUUUGUUUUGUUUCUUAAUUAAAGGAUGCAAGGUGUUGUGGACGCAGUGGUGACCCCGAGGGGAAAGCUUCAGUAAAGCAGAGGCAGUGGUCAGAGGAAGGCAGGGAUGUGCGCCUCUCAUCAGCUGCUGAUGCUGAUGCUGCUGAUGCUGGCCUGCUGGCAGACAGUCGGUGCAACUGUGCCAGCAGCGCCGGUGAACGUCUCUGUGACCCAGCUGAGGGCGGACUCAGCCAUGGUGACUUGGAACGUCCCUCAGGGCGACACGGUCAUUGGUUACGCCAUCUCUCAGCAGAGGCAGGACGGCCUGAUGCAGCGCUCCAUACGGGAGGUGAACACGUCCAGUCGCGGGUGUUUGCUGUGGGAUCUGGAUGAGGCUACGCACUACAGCGUCCAGGUGCAGUCUGUCGGCCUCCAUGGCGACAGCCAACCCAGCCGUCCCGUCCAAUUCAGGACGUUGGAGAGAACCGACCAUUAUCCAGUCGGAGUCCUGGAUCACCACGAGCCGGCGAUGGAAGGUCUGGGGAUGAGUCCUCACCUGCAGACCGGAGAGCUGCUCAUCAUCACCACAGUGCUGCUGCUGUGGGCCGCCGUCAUCGCCCUCUUCUGCCGGCAGUACGACAUCAUCAAGGACAACGACUCUAACGGCACCAAGGAGAAGGCCAAGAGGCCACUGGUCCAGGCUAGCACCUCCUACUACAACACGUCGACGGGCAGCUCACCCAUUUACCACAAUGGAGCCGUCCGCAGCAGCAGGCUACAUCGAGCCUCUUCUUCCAUCAGCAUCAUCAGAGUCUGAUGCUCUGAGACGUUUCUUCUCAGGAGGAGGAUGGACACAACCCUCCCCGUGUGGAAACAAAGACCUGCUGGGGCCCCCAAACUGAUGUAAAAUACCUGCAGAUGAAGGAAUGGUUCAGUGCUGCCCUCUAGUGGCAGAAGAGAACUCCUCCAGCUCUCAUGGACUAAUGCUGCUGCUGCUGUUGAUGUGUCAGGGUUAGAAAUAGUAGUAAUGGACGAUCUUAAAUGAUUAGUUGAGCUCAUGUUUCAUCAACAGUGAUUUAAAUGUUCAGCUUUCAUCAUGUUUUGUAUAUGGAGAUGCAUCCGAAGUGUUAGUGAUGAACUUUGAGUGUAAUUUUGCUGUGAUGGUGGUGAAUUUACACUGUAAAUGAUUCAUUAAAUCAU